UGGGAGCUUAAGGUCUGACUGCAGCAGGUGUUAGAGGCAGACCUCCAAAUCAGACAACGACCAUGAACCACAUGUUCUGCAUUGUGCUGGUCCUUCAACUCUUCACCCUCACAGGGGCUGUUGGAAGCGGCAUAGUAGGUGGUAAGGAGUCAAAGCCUCAUUCCAGGCCCUACAUGGCAUCGCUCCAGUUCCAGGGAUUCCAUUCAUGUGGAGGGAUACUUAUUCGCAAGGAUUUUGUCGUCACGGCAGCACACUGUAAUCAAAGUCAGCAGGAGAUGACUGUGGUACUCGGAGCACAUGACAUAAGCAAAGAAGAAAAAAGUCAGCAACGCAUCCAAGUGGCUCGUUACUAUACACACCCAAACUACAAAGCUUUCGAUUAUGACAUCAUGCUCCUUAAGUUAAAACAACAUGCUAAACUGAACAAAUACGUGAAGCCCAUUGAACUACCCAAGAAGGAUGGAAAGAUACCAGCAAACAUUAAAUGCACGGUUGCCGGCUGGGGCCAAACUGGAGCCAACAAGCCUCCUUCAAACGUUCUGAGGGAAACCACAGAGAAGCUGCAAUUCAGCAUGGAGUGCAAGAAUAUAUGGAAACAAUACUUCAACUCUGAUCACAUGAUUUGCACCAAGUUUAAAAAAACGACAGGAGGGGUCUGCCAGGGAGAUUCUGGAGGACCACUCAUCUGCAACACGAAACCCCAGGGUUUAACAGCAUACACCUUACAAAAGGACUGUAGUAAUCCCAAGUACCCUCAUGUCUUCACCAAAAUCCACUUCUUUCUUCCCUGGAUUAAAAAAAUUAUGAAAGUAUAGAAGAAUUCCUUCUUAAGCCGCUUUUUAGAGGGCAAAAAAAAUUCUGCUAAUAAUUAAUGCUUAAUAUAAAUAAUAUAGCUCCAUAAAGCAAAAAAGAAAAAGAAGAUGUAUAGUUAAAAUAUUGGUUCCUGACUGAUAUAAUUGUCUUGCAUGCAAAAAAUGAACAAACAUUUUAAUGUAUGGAAAUGAUUUAAAUGAUGACUUUAACUGCAUAUUUUGACAUUAAACACUUUGACCCUG